AUGCUGUUGGUUCCAGCUCUGGGCCUGGCACCGACUCUGACCCUGACAAUGCGUUGUGCGGCAGGUUCUGUUCCAGAGCCAGUGCUAGAGCUGGGCCUGAAGCCACACAGCAGUGGUGGUGGCUCAGGGGUGGCGGCCCAGGCCAAGACCCCGCGCGCGGGGAGCAGGGCAGGGAGGUUUGAUGGGCGGGGCGCUGCGCCGGUCGCCCGCCCCGCGCGCUUCCCUGAGAUAGCCCGGGUGCAGGCUGAGGCCCUGCGGGCCCUGCACCCGGGGCUGUGCGCUGGCGAGGCGCAAUUGGACGCUAGAGGGCGCUACGGCGGCGGAGUCUGUCCCUCGCGGGCCGCCGUCCGCACUGGUAUAAAGGGCGCGGCGCGGGACCGUGUGUCCUCUCGGCAGCCAUGGAGGUCCGGCGGGGCGGUGGUGUGUGGUUAUCGUGUUCGGCGGCGGGGAGAGGCCGCGCGCUCUCGUGGAGGUGGGCCCGGGCCCUGGAUGGCUGCGGGUAAUCUGACCUUCCCCCUGGAAAACAGCUGUAACUUUUAUUUGUGCAGGAGUUUGCCUGCCGGAGCCGGAACUCCUGUAAGGAGAUGCUGGAGUCUUGAAUGAGUUGACAGGUUGGUGCUGGAACAGGCCUCACACACACACAGUCAAACCUAAGUGAUGACCUGGACCCCUGGGUCUUCAGCCUGCAGACCCUGCCCCUCGAGGCGUUGCAGGUGUGGCUGCUGUGUCACAUCUGCGUCACUAGGUGGCAGAGAGAAUCGAGGCUAUGUCUACGCUCAGUGUUCUGACCCGUGAACGCCUGAAUGAUUAGUAGCCUGACACCGACAGAGCCAUUGCAGGGUGCCAUGUGCUUGCCGGCCACCUGGAGCCUGG